CCCCACUCCUCUGACUGCAGCCUCUGCUGUUCCGGAUUCGCCGCGAUCCCGGGCCAUGGAGCGGAGACCUCGUGCGUUGAGGGUGCUGGUGGACAUGGACGGUGUGUUGGCCGACUUUGAGGGCGGCCUCCUGAGAGGCUUUCGCCUCCGCUUCCCCCAGGACCCCUACGUGGCCCUGGAGGAGCGGAGAGGCUUCUCGGCCCGGGACCAGUACGGGGCCCUGCGGCCCGACCUCGCGGAGAAAGUGGCAAGUGUGUAUGAAGCACCAGGUUUUUUCCUAGAGCUGGAGCCCAUCCCUGGAGCCUUGGAAGCUUUGCGGGAAAUGAAAUGCAUGAAGGACACUGAAGUCUUCAUUUGCACAAGCCCACUGCAGAAGUACAAUUACUGCACUAGUGAGAAGGUUGGGUUUUGUUGGUACCUUUGGGUGGACAAAUACCUAGGUCCCGAGUUUGUGGAACGGAUGAUCCUGACCAGGGACAAGACAGUAGUGUCUGGGGACCUGCUCAUUGAUGACAAGGAUACUAUUCAAGGCCAAGAGGAGAACCCAAGCUGGGAGCACAUCUUGUUUACUUGUUGCCACAACCAACACCUGGACCCAUCCCCCUCCAAAAGAAGGCUUCAUUCCUGGAGCGACAACUGGAGAGCCAUCUUAGAUAGUAAGCGGAAAGUACCACCAGGAGAGGACUGAAAGGGCAUCUGCCGUAGGAACAAACAAGAGCUCUGUAAGCCGCAUCAGCCCAUUUUGGGAAGUGACUUGGAACAGGAGUGAGCAGUCGAGAGGAGGGAAGCUGAAACAGGCCAGGAAACAAACUUGUAGUCCAGGGGUAACCUCCCCGGCACAGAGCCAACCAUUGAGUACCUCCAGGAAUAACUGCCAGUAUCACAGUAAUAGCAUGAGACUAUGGUCACAAACUGUCAAUAAAAAUGUUGACUGAG